AUGCCCCAUCCGAAAUUUGACGUCUCGGCGAACGAAGAAGAGGUAAAGCGUCAUCCCUUCUCGAUAUUCGACACCAAUGCUCAUAAAUCGGCUCACUUCUUCUUCUACGAUCAAACGAGACUUGUCAUACUUGCACUCAGCACUCUAUGCCUCACUCUACUCCACAGCAAUACACUAACAUUAAACUUUACCGUAAUCUGCAUGGAUGAUGUGGUAGCGAAACAAAGCAGUAACAGUUCUGAGCCACAUUGGCUUCAAUCGCCAUCGCGCAUCAACACAUUGUUUUCCGCAAUUGCUGCCGGUGCUCUAAUUGGAACAUUUCCAAUCAUGGCUCUAGUGGCGCGCAUUGGAAUGAGAAACGUCAGCAAGAAAGAGCUCAGCAAAAUACAACGAAACAAAAACAAUAUUGGGUUGGACCAUCACGAUCCAGUUCCGUACUCCUAUAUUAUCCGAGAUCCAUGCAUCCUUGGCAUAUGGUCCUCGAUAACAGGAGCCAACCUGGGCUUUUUUGCCAUCUUCUACUAUGGGCCUGUUUAUGUUAACAAGGCAACCGGAUUUGCUACAGCUUUGCCUUUCAUUCUUUCCGCUAUCGUCAAGCUUUUUGCUGGUCCAGUGUCAGAUAAAUCCACCUGUGUGUCGGAAAGAACUCGGAUACUCAUCUUCACUUGCGUCUCACAAGGGUUUUUGGCAUUCUUCUUCUUGGUAAUGGCACUAACAACAUCUGCAACAGUAGCCCAAACCGCCUAUACGGCUGCUAUAGUUUCCAGUGGCUUCAAUGUUGUUGGAUCGGUCAAAUGCUCACAGUUGAGAGCUCGCCAGCAUACACAUUUUGUUAUGGCAGUGGUUUCAUGUAACGCUUGUGUCAUUACACUACUUUUACCAUUCGUCGUCACCUUGGUCUGCCCAGAUAACACCCGCGAGCAGUGGUCGCAAUUAUUCUGCGGAAUAAGUGCUAUAGUGGUGGUGGCGAACUUGCCGUUCUUGGUUCUGGCACAAACCGGUCCUGCACCAUGGACAAUGCCGGCUUUCCUGUCUUCACGAAAAACAGCCCCUACUAGGAAGCAAGCAGUUACAUACUUGUCAACUUCAGCUGAUAUGGAAUUUGCACCUGAGUCUCUGAGAGUUUAUUGA